AUAACCACAAAACUUAAAUAAUUUAUUUUUGUUUUGAUUUUGAUCUCUGUUUUGAUUUUUGAUUACCGGUUUUGUUAAAAUAAAAUAAAAAGAAAUAUAGUAUGGAGCGUUGUCGAAUAUGUUUAACUUCUAGAAAUUUGUCUAAUAUUUUUGAAACGGAAGAAAUAGCUCAACAUAUAACAGUCAUUGCUUGUGUUGAUGUUUUACCAGAUGACGGUCUACCUCCAUACAUUUGCCUAUUAUGUAAACAUGAGCUGGAUAUCUCAAUUAAUUUUAAAGACAAAUGUGAAACAACUUUUGACUUACUCCAAAAAGAAUAUAAUGAAGAGAAACAGGUUCAAGUUAACGAAAAUAUUAUUUUAAAUUUGUUGUCAGGUGAUAACAAUGUAGAUAGGACUUUACCAGAUAAUGUUAAUGAAUACGUUAUUGAAUCUGUUAAUAGUCAUUUAUUAGAAAAUGGACAAAAUGUAGAAAAUCUUCAAAGCAAUUUUGAAGAUGGCAACAGUACAAAUGAAGUUACAACUUUUGAAAAUUACAAUCAAGUAGAAAUUGUGGAGAAUCCUGAAAGUAUGGACCAAAACCAAAUUAUAGAUAGUACAGAAAAUGAGACAGAAAUUUCUGGAAAUUUAAGGGCUUGUCGUAAAUGUAAUGUUCAUUUUUCAAAUGAUGAGGAUUUUUUCAAACAUUUGGAAAUACUCCAUUCCCAACCAAUAAAACAAUGUGAACUGUGCUUUAUGUAUUUUCCUAACAGCAAUUUACAUAAAGUACACUUAAGUAAAAUGCAUAAUGUAGAAAAUAAUAGUAAAACUGUGAUAUUAAAAUGUAAAGUAUGCAGUCAAGCAUCUACAUCACAAUCUGAAUUAAAUGUUCAUCUUUGUAAUCAUUCUGGACAAGACUCCAUAUCUAUUUCAGAAAAUUCAUUAGAGGGGCAUAAUAUGGAUCACGAUCAUGAUUACUCCAGCAAGCAUUUUAGGUGUACUGUUUGUGAUAAAACAUUUAGUGUAAGAAUUUUCAAAGAACAUAUGAAAUAUCAUAAAAAUGGAUUCAGUAGUUUAAAAGAUUAUUCCAUGAAAGGUGCUCAAGAUUUGAAUGAGCUAAAACAUGUAUGUAUUGAAUUUUAUUCUAUUGAUAUUAAUACGAUAUAGCUAGGGAAUGACAAUCGAUGAUAAUUCUGGUGAAAUAGGGUGAGAUCAAUCUUUAGAUGUCAUUUACUGAAAAUUGACACAAAAGUUGUCAAAAAUUAACCUUAAUUCUAUGACCUUAAUUAUAGAAAGAUCAAAAAAGGAUAGAAUGGUUAUAGGCAGACAUAUCUAUUUCUAAAAAAUUAUUUUUUCUCGAAUUUUAAACUACACCAUUUAAAAAUCAUUUUUACUCAAUAUAAAAAUAUAUUACAACCGUUUUGAGGCCAACUGAAAAUGAAGUGUAUGGACCAAGUAAAUGACGUCUAGGGCUUGACCUCGCCAUAAUUAUUGAUCGUUAUUCCCCAGCCUUCUUUGACGUUUUUUUUUAAAUUGUAUGGUUCCGUAUGAUCGAAAAAAAAUGGCGUCAGCGACGGCCAUGAAAUGAAGAUCGCUGUCAUUUUAUAUGUAAAAUUACAUUGGGAAUGCCUUAAUUGUCCAUUUUUAAUCCAACUGGACUCGUUUUUUUUUCGAUUAUAAGGUAUAAUAAGACUGGUUAACAGCAAGAGACGACGAAUUUAUAUACCGUGUAGUGCAUCGGAACACGGGACUAUGGAGUGUAAAGGUAAGGAGAAAUAAUUUUGUGCGAUAAAAAAUGGGGGGGUCAUAAAAAGGGGAAGAGUUAAGAUGGCGCUGCUGUAGCAAAAACCUAAAAUUUAAAAUAUGCGCUGAAAUUUUUUAAAACAGGAAAUGAUUCCAAAGAGAUAAAUAUUUGACGUGAAAAAAAUACAAAUUUUAUUUUCACGUCACACUAUGGUACAAUUUGCGUUCGUUUUGGCCAAAAGUACAUUUUGGGUGAAAUUCAGGGAUUUAUUCUAAAUACAUACAUUAAAUCAGAAAAUCAUAUAAGCCGAAACUACUAUUGCAACAGAUAAAUUAUAAGACAAAAA